UUUCUUUUAGUUGUAUGUUUAUGUCUGUGCAGCAGUCACAGCUGAUGAACAAGGAGGGGGAAGAAAGGAGAACUGAAUGUUGCUCUGCUUUGGUUUAGUUUUGGAGACACCUGUGGGAAACCAGUGAGGUAGUUGCUCGGAGCCGCUGAGGAGGAACUAUAGACGCUUUGUGAAAACCAGGAAAGAGUGGUGCGUAAAAGAGAAAGAGCUUUAAUGUGACACAAGUGCGUGUUUAUGGACUGUGUUACUAGCCGAGGAGGGGCGGGGUCAGGGUCGUCGGAGCGGCGCGGGGGCGGGCGGUGCCUACAGUCGCCCAUGCCCCCUUUUGCCCUCCGCUCGCUGCGGGGGAAGAAGCGUGAACUUGAACGCCGCCUUCAGUGAUCAGUGCGAGUCCGGGCAGAGAGAGAAAGAGGCCAGCCACUCUUAUCAGUCUGUCUGUCCCCCGUCGCUCGGCUUUCGGUCAACUUAUCGGAGAAGGAGCAGCUGGAGGGAUUUUUUUUUUUUUUUUGCUUGGUUUGGGAGGGUUUGCUGUUUGGGACCCAGAAAGGUGCCAAACGCGGAACGCUCGACGCGAUGUCCAGACGCAAACUUGGAAGCAGACCGCAGCACCUGAGUGCAAUUCAAGAUGCCACCGAUACAGCGGAUGGCACCGGUACACCAGAGGACCAUCCUCCCGCUCCACAGGUCCAAGCUGCUGACGAGGGCCGUGACCUUCUGACCUGUGGCCAGUGCAGCCGGGCCUUCCCACUCGCCCACAUCCUGGCGUUCAUCCAGCACAAACAGGGCGGCUGCCGGUCCCAACACCAAGCCCCUAACGCCAGCGCCACGCCCCCCUCACCUGCCAACCGAGCACAGCAGCAUGUCACCUGCUCUGAGCUGGGGCCGGGGUUCAUCGAGCUGAGGAGAGGGGCGGUCAGGGACAGCGUCUGGGGGGCGGAGCCCGGCAUGAAGGUGAAGGCGGAGCUCUGCAAAGCAGUGCCUGGCGAGCCCUCCUAUUUUACCUGCCAGCAGUGUGAAGGCGUGUUUCCAUCUGCAUGGGUGCUCUUACAGCACGCUCAGCACAUACACUCCUUCAGCAUCUACCAAGAGGACGAGGAGGAUGACAUAGACAUGAGAGGAGGAGAAAGAGGAGGUCUUAAAGAGCACAAACCUGCUGCAGCCACUCUGGACCCGCGUCACCUUGGCCAAGCGCUUGCCUCUGCCUUCCAGCCCUCGGCCCUGCGCCUCGGUCGCUCCCGUCAGACACACACCACCUCCUCCUCCAGUAACCUGCAGGCUCUGAACUUCUCAGUGCGGCUCAGGGAGCUUGCCGAGGGGAAUAAUAACACCAGCAGCGGCUUUCCUGGAGGCCUGGUGCUGUCUCCAUCCUCUUCUCCACCAGCCGCUUCUCCCUUUCCUCAAACUGGUGGCCUCCAGGCUGACUUCCACUGUGAGCUGUGUGACAUGAACUUCCAAUCUCUGCGCGCUCUGUCCGCCCACCGCCGGACUCACGCCUGCGAGAGCCCCUAUCACUGUGGAGUGUGCGGGCAAGCCUUCACCCAGAGCGGCCAGCUGGCCCGUCACAUAAGGAGUCAUCACAGGGAGGCUGGAGGUGGAGGGAGUGGAUACGAGUCAUUGGAGAUGGUCGUCAUGGAGGAGGAUGUAGGGAGGCAGGGGAUGAGAGGGAGGUUUCAAAUGCAGCCAGCUGCAAUCAUGGGAAAGGGGAUGGUUAGUGCAGACGUGAGAGCCCAGGCCCCCUCCGAGCUGGACCUGACCCUGCCCAAACACCCCUCCUUAGCUUCAGGCCUGAUGCUGCUGACCUCACAGGUUAGACCGGCAGACAGGGAGCUGCUAAGGCUGUACCAGCGCCAGAGAGAGGGAGGGGAGGAGGAAGCAGAGGGGCAGGGGGAGCCCCAGCACACCUCACCUUGUGCCAGCCCCUCUGAAGGCUCACUCGAGAGCGGAGAGACAGGGGGAAGUGGUGAGAGCGGUAUUGCUAGUGGGAACUGUACACCGAAACGGCCUGAGAUGGGCGACAGGGUGCGAGGAGUGGGAGAGUGGGAGAACGAAAGAGGAGAGAUCAUGGAGAGGGAGAAGGAGUGGAGCUCAGUUAAGGUCAGCGAGGCUUUGCAGGAGUGGCAGAGAGAGACUGAGCGGAGGAGUGUAGGAGGAGGCGUCAGCAGUGGAGGAAACAAUAAUAACACCACUACUAAUUCAGCGGGUAGGAAGAAGAAAGACGAAGCCUGUGAGUUCUGUGGUAAACAGUUCCGCAACAGCAGCAACCUGACUGUGCACCGCCGCAGCCACACAGGUGAACGACCUUACCGUUGCGGCCUCUGCAACUACGCCUGCGCUCAGAGUUCAAAAUUAACGCGCCACAUGAAGACCCACGGUGCCCAAGGAGCCAAAGCUCCCUUUUUGUGCCAGCUGUGUGCGGUACCCUUUACUGUAUAUGCCACCCUGGAGAAGCACCUGAAGAAAGUUCACGGCUUGAGCCACGCCAGCGUAGGAGCGUACGCGCAGACGAGCGCCGCCGACAAUCAGGUCGCAAUAAAGGCUGAAGAAGAAGCAGUAGUGGUGAAAAUGGAGGAGGAUGAAGCCAGUUUGGAUCAGAUGGAAACGGGGAGCAAGAGUGAUGAGGUGAAAAUUAUGGAGGUGAAGGAAGGGCAGAGCCAAGAUGAGUAUGUGGAGAACAGAGGGAGUCCAGCCAUCGAGGGCGACCUCCCACCUGAGGGCAGCGCAGAAGUGGGCAUAGCUUUGACUUCUGCACCGUGAGAGCGGUUGUCAUUCACUGUUGUUGACAUUUAAAAUAGCACUGUAUAGGAUUUAAUCACCCUUCAAAUUAACAAAAAAAAACUUGUCCCACUAUUGAACUGACAGUCAAGUUAAACUGGAAUUUAAAGAAGAAGCUGCAGCAGAACUGUAGAAAGCAGCAGGCAGUCCCGUCCUCUGCCAGCACUGAGGCACCCAGCAGCCAGUCACAUUGUUCACGAUUGUAUGCAAAGCUGCCGGUUAAAACUAAGUGCCUGCAGUAGUUUAAACCACAGAGCAAAACAAGGCCAUGACAUUCAACAGGGAGAUUACCAGAGCUCUUGAACAGGAAGUGAACCGCCACAGUCCACACCGACACAGGAAACUGAUCACCAUGUUGCACUGCAGGAUGCAAAAGACGAGUGAUUUAUCUCUCUGGUGACCCACUGGACAGGUGAAGACCGAUAUUAACUGUCAGAUAACAAAGAGAAGCGAUUAUGUUAAAUAAUAAUAAAAAAAAAUCUUAGCAAUAGAAUGAUGUUAAUAUAUUUUCAGCAUCAGCACUGGCAGAUGGAAAGAGGUCAUAUUGUGCUACCUAGCUGUUGCUGGUUUUCUUUUGAGAAGACCUUUUAAAGACUAAAGAUGUUUGGACAGACACAAGGGGGGGAAAUGAAUCCAAACACUGUCUGCCUGGAGUUUCUCAAACUCCUCUUUUUAAAGGCGCUUGGUUGUCACAACACUUGUCACUUAACAUAAUGUUUACAGGGCUCAUGGGGCCUCACAAGGUUGUGCUCCUGACUUUGUGACAGUAUGUACGGAUGAUUUUCUUUGUUUUGUUUUUUUUUCUAAUUUUAUAAAUGUGAAUAAUGAGACUUUAAAGUCUCAUCUACUGAUGUUUUCCAUUAUUAGUUUCUAUGCAUAAAAAAACAAUUUUACCUACAUGUGAAACGGGUGUGUAUUAUUUUUCUCUAUUUGUACUUAUUGUGAUGGUAACUUCCCUUUUCCAUUGUUUACAUUUGUAAAGUGCCGGACUGCUUGAAGCUCAUGCAUGUUUUGUAGCCAUUUAAAACUGUUCUGUUUUUUUUUUUUUGUUUGUUUUGUUUUUUGUCACCUGUGUUUUGAAUUAUUCCUUAUUUAUGAAUGCUGCAUGUUGGUGAUUGUGUAACUGAAAAAAGUCUGUUGAACGACAGGGUUGCGAGGUGUAGUAGUAGUUGUGGAUUGGUGGAGUUGCCAAACGAGCACUUGGGUGAGCAAGUUUGUGUGUGUGUGUGUGUGUGUGUGUGUGUGUGUGUGCGUGCGUGCGUGCGUGCGUGUGUGUGUAGGGAAAAAAAAUCCACUGGUGACACUUCUACUUGAACCCUUUGUCCUGUGAUCUUGUGUCCAAAGCAUGACUUCGCUGGUCAUAAUUGGCGUGUCUGUGCUUCUGACGGGUGUCAUCAUGUGUCAACGAUGAGGAUUUAAGUUCAGAAACUCGAGAUGAACAUGAGGAAAUCUGUUCGUUUAACAUAUAUAAACGGGACAGAGACGUCAAGUAGAGCGCUGCUGACUCUUUUGUGACUACUGUGAUGACUGUGUUACAUAUUGGAUUUCUGCUUCAUGUCAGGGACACUUUUUGAGGAAAAAACAAAUUCUUCUGUGUUGUAUGAAUGAGUGCAGUGUAACUGUUCAGGGAUAAUAUUUUGUACAUAUAUUCUUGCUGUUGCCGUCACUAUUGUUAUAUUAUUAUUAUUAUUAUUAUUAUUAUUAUUAUUAACUGCCUGUCACUGUUACAUGCCCUCCACUUUGCUGAUCGUCUCCUUUGCUUAACACUGGCUAUUGUGAAGCUAUAUCGCUCUGCUGUCUUUGUAAACUUGACACCAUUUUGUAAUUGAUCUUGUCAUGAGGAGCCUCAAUAAAGAAUUGAGGUGAAA